UUCCUGCGCCGCAGCUCCUCCGCUCAGCCUGCUUAUUAUUGUUUACGGUCGCACUCAUGAAAAGUAGGUCAUGGAAAAGGGAAGCCCGGCGAGCUGUCUUGCCUGAGCUAUCUAGUAAUACGGGACCUCAAGGGACGCCACCUCUGCGGUAUUUAUUAUCGAGUUUUAUGCCAAUACUGGAUGUGACCGACGCGGAGCUGGACUGAUGCUGUUCUUCCAACAUCUGGAUUAAACCUCAGCAGACUGGCGGGUUCUUCUAACAGUGAGACUCUGUAGCUGCUAUGUCCCGGCGAAGCAGGAACAGUCGUGCGUGGCGAUAUGUGUGGGGUGGGAUACGGCGGGAUGCUGAUGCCCGGGCCCUCGUGUUGGCUUCUGAGAGUGAAGAAUGGAACUAUGACCGCCUUGAGUACGCAAGUGAUUCAGACUCUGAGGGGGACUUUUCAGCAGUGAUGGUCCCUCCAGUCCCCAGUGCAGUACCCGUCACUGGAGAGUCCUACUGUGGUUGUGAUUCUCAGGCAGAGACCAGCUACAACCCUCGUCUGCGAGGCUUUCACCAGGUUAAAGACUGCCAUUGUGGAGAGGAUGACCAAGAUUUUGAUUGGGUUUGGGAUGCCAACGGCCGAUCAACGGCAACAUUACUGAGCUGCGACAAUCGCAAAGUGAACUUCCACUCUGAAUACAGCUGUGGUACAGCUGCGAUCCGUGGCUCCAAGGAGCUCGCAGACGGGCAGCACUUCUGGGAAAUUAAGAUGACGUCCCCAGUGUAUGGAACAGACAUGAUGGUUGGUAUUGGUACAUCUGAUGUCAAUCUGGACAAAUACAGACAUACCUUCUGCAGCCUGUUGGGAAAAGAUGCAGACAGCUGGGGUCUUUCUUACACUGGCUUGUUGCAUCAUAAAGGAGACAAGAUGAACUUCUCCUCCCGUUUUGGUCAAGGGUCCAUCAUUGGUGUUCAUCUGGACACGUGGCACGGCACACUUACUUUCUUCAAAAACCGAAAAUGUAUAGGAGUUGCUGCUACAGAGCUGCAGAAUAAGCGGUUUUACCCAAUGGCGUGCUCCACAGCAGCGAAGAGCAGCAUGAAGGUCAUCAGAUCCUGCUCUGCACCCACCUCCCUGCUGUACCUGUGCUGUGCUCGUCUUCGCCAGUUGGUGCCAGACUGUAUAGACAUCCUGGAUGUGUUACCCCUACCACCUGGCCUGCGUCAUUUGCUCCACAACAAACUGGGUUGGGUGCUCAGUCUCAAUUGUGGCACAACAGAAGAAACCCCAGAUGGGCCUGAGCAGUCUUCACGUUUGCCUGUCCCUGCCUUGGCAGGACCUUCCUCCUCUGAGAGUGAUUCAGAGGGUUGUUCGUCCGAUCCAGAGGCCUGUCAGAGGAAGAGAUGCCGCUGGACAUGACUGAGUAGCUCGAACCUUACCUCCUCUUAAACACUGGCAGACGUUACUGUGUUUUGGCACCUGAUGUAGUGUUACCUACCUGCCUCAAGCUUUCUUUAUUAUCAGUGUCAUCCAGUAGUGAAGAAAAUAACGAUGGCGGUCAAGCGGAAAACUAUGAUCUCCUCUCAUGCCAUACUUCAUGCUCAUCACAUGUUGAGUAUCCAAACCAGCUUCGGUAAUAGGUGAAAAUAUAUCAUGCUAUUUUGUUAUGGGUGGAUUUGGUUUUAAUCAAUAAGGGGAUGGUUUAAAAAAAAAAAAAACUGUAUAGAUAUUUUCUGUAUUCUCAUCCUGUAUCCUGCUUUUAAUGUAUGUUGUUCUCACCCUCAGUGUUGUCAGUGAGUCAUUAGAGGAGUCUAUCACUUCUUUUACUGGCAUCUGUAAAUUUCUCUUGGGUUGCUCAGAAUCUGCUCAUAAAAUUAGAAUAUUAUGAAAAGGCUGAUUUAUUUCAGUAAUUCCAUUUUAAAAAGUGAAAGUUGUAUAUUAUAUCCAUUCAUUACACACAG